AAACUAAGCUGUUACUACUUACUGCCAGUCACGCGCCAGUCUUCGAUGAAACGGCUGUGACGGAGUCGCACUGCGCAUGCGCAACAACGCUUUAUUUUCAAGUUGGAGUUUUGUUUGAAAAUAUUUUGAAGAUUUUUUUUAUUAUAGUGAUGCGAUAUGUGCUUGAAAAGAGGCUUUUGAUUUUGUGAAUAUUAUUGUGUUUUAAGUGACUUGGAUUGCGUUUUAAUUUCUAAAGAACGCCGACAUGGGCACAAUGCGAUGAGCCACGUGGUGGCGGCGCUAGUGUUGUUGGUGACGGCGGGCGCGGCGCAUGCGCAACUUCGGCCAGCCGAUGCGCCACCAGCCCUUAAUGAUACAAGAUGCGGAUCAGAAUGCGUGCGAUGUUCAGAAGAUGGUUGUAUCAAAUGCGCUCGUCUACUUGUUUGGCCAGCAGGCAGUUGCACCCACGAGUGUCCCACUGGCACCAGGGAGUCUUGGGCACAUGACGACCAACUGAUGGGUAGAGUGUGCUACCCUGGACACCCUUAUAAUGAGAUUAUGAUUGGCGGUGCGUGCGGUGUGGUUGCGUGCAUAAUUUUAGUGGCCGUUGGCGCAGUGUACGCGCGGUGUAGGAAGCACCAAGCGCACGCACACCCUCUGCCGCAGCCACAUCACGAUGACGAUGCACAACUGAGAGAGUUUCACAAGCAGCUCGACUGUUUACGACCUCAUGCGUAUACUUUACUAGCUAUUCUAAAUCACACGAGGCACCAAGUAAGGGAGCUCUAUCAAUUGGGCAACAACGAUGCUGCAAUGGCCUACAGUUGUGUGUUGAGUGACCUGGCGAAGCUGCUUAUCCUUUUGAACAAACAGCAAGUUCCAGUUGUACCAGAGGAAUGGCCAAGACUAGCCAGCUGGGCCGAUCGGAUUUUAAAACGCUACAGCCGUCUCGGUAUCUCUCGACAGCCGCAUCAACAAGCCCAACUUGUAAACUUCCUCCCUUCCCCACCGAGCCGAUCCGACUCCGACACGACUCAAUCAUUUUCCACUUUUAAGCCACCUUCAUAUUCACCUACAUCGUACGAUAGUCAUAUUUUAGAUAAGGAUUUAGAUAACCAAUGGGGUGACGCCGGUAGACCGCCGAGUUACUCACAGAUUGAGAGUGAAUCUAUAGUUCUGUCCGAUCCGUGGGAAAGGAGACCGAUUGUUAGACGGGAGAGCGUCUGGCUGGAAGACGAAUUGUUCGAGAUGACUAGACGUCCCCAAGAUGAACUGACCACAGAAUUAUAAUGAAUAAACCUAAUUGUAUUAUUUUUUGUUUACACAGACUUUUAUAAAGCCAAACAUUUUUUUUUUUAUAUUCGUUGAGGUUUAUCAGAUAUUAACUUAAUACUAUCGGUUAUAACCACAAAACACAAUCAUCUAUACUAUAGUCUAUGUUUAUAGUUUACCGUCUACUACCUUUACAAAGAUAUUUUAAAAGUUACAAGUACAAACUUUACUAAGUUAGGUAAUUAUUUAGAUAGUAAUAAGCGUUUCCUUUGCGCCUAAUCGUACCUAAUAUAGAUGAUGUAACUAUAGCGCUUUCAAUAAUAAUAAACCUUUAAGUAGGCACAUAUUGUUUAUGAAACUCAAUAAAAAUUUAUGUUAUAUACCUAUUGCAGAAUCAAAAUAUAAUGUUCAAUAAAAGUUCGUUAUAGCUAUGCUAUCUAAUAUCUAUAACUAAGUAUGUAUACUGUUACGUAAUAAAUCUUAGUAAAAUUUCAGUAUUUAUCAUAUUCACACCUAAUGAUAAGCUUAUUUUAUUCUGUAGCAUAACCAAAUUACGUACCUAAAGUAUUUUAAUAGGACUAGUCUACUUUUUAACAAUGUAAAAAUAUGUGUAGUUGAAAAAAUGCUGGUUAAGU